AUGAAUGCAUCAUUAAAUGAUGUUAGUAUCUGGAUGACACGAUAUGUCAUGAGUAGUUACUUCGCACUUGGUGUACUUGGUAAUCUGAUCAAUGUAUUUAUGUUUACACGGAAAAAUCGUUUAUACAAUUCAUGUAGUUUGUAUCUUCUCGCAAUAUCAAUUUCGCAUAUUUUUUCUGCUAAUUUGGGUGUCGUUCCAAUCAUAUACAAUUUAGAUCAUGCAGAUUUGGCUACAUAUUCAUUUAUUUUUUGCAAACUUCGUUUAUAUAUUCUGCACAGUUCUAUUAUGAUCGGUCGAAUAUUGAUGGUAGUUGCAUGCAUUGAUCGAUAUGCACUAUGUUCAAAUUAUCAACGAUUUCGUUCACUAAACAAUCCAAAAGUGGCACUUCGUAUUAUUAUUGGAAUUGUAAUUGCAUGGCCCUGUAUUAAUAUAUAUAUUCCAUUUGUAAUGACAUUCACUGGAAAUAAUUGUCUUAUGCUUGGUUCAACUGCUUUUAUAUGGGCUAUUUAUACUGUUGUAUUACCAGGCAUUAUUACACCAGUUUCAAUGAGCAUAUUUAGUUUAUUGGCUAUUCGCAAUCGUCGUCGAUUACAGGUACGACUCAAUAGCAAAAAAAAUUAUGGUAACAAACGUGAAUAUACACUUAUGGUUAUGUUGUUGAGUGAAGUAUUGGUUUAUGUCAUAUCGACGAGUCUCUUUCCAGCAACAACUCUAUACAAAGCUGUCACAGCUAACAUAGUUAAAAGUGUUCAAAGGCAACAAAUUGAAAAUUUCAUUAUAUUUUUGGGCAAUAGCUUUCUAUUAUUUAUUAAUCCAUCUGCAACAUUCUAUAUCUUUAUUGUAGCUUCACAUAGCUACCGGCAAGAAUGUAAGAGAGUAUUCUUAGGUUUAUACAUGCGUGUAACUGGGCGUAUGAAUAAAGUAGCGACAAUAGCAACAACAAACACAUUGAUAAAUCGAUAA